GUGCUGUGCCUGGAUGUAGGCUUUACAAUGAGCAGUUCUGCCCCUGGUGAGGAGUCUUCACUUGAACAAGCCAAGAAGAUUAUGACAAAGUUUGUUCAGCGCCAGGUUUUUGCUGAGAGUAAAGAUGAGGUUGCUGUAGUUUUGUUUGGCACUGAUGAUACUAGGAAUGACCUUGCUUGUGAGGAUCAGUACCAAAACAUUACUAUACACAGGUCACUAAUGCUGCCAGACUUUGAUCUGAUGGAAGACAUUCAAGAUGUGAUUAAAGCAGGCUCUGAACAAGCAGACUUUCUGGAUGCAAUUAUUGUGUGUAUGGACUUGCUUCAGAAGGAAACAAUAGGAAAGAAAUACGAGAAGAAACACAUUGAACUCUUUACAGACCUUAGUAGUCCUGUCAGUGAGGAUCAGCUGGAAAUUAUUAUUGAUAACUUGAAGAAAACAGGAAUUUCUCUUCAGUUUUUUCUGCCAUUCCCAGUGGAUGUUGAUGAUGGAGGUGGAGAUACAAGCACCAGUGUAUGGUCUACGCACAGGAACUCUUUUCCAAGAAAGGGCUUAACUGAACAGCAGAAGGAAGGCAUUAAUGUGGUGAGGAAACUGAUGCAUACUUUGGAUGAAGAAGGAGGGCUGGAAGAGGUUUAUACUUUCAGAGAGAGCCUGGAGCGUCUUUCGAUGUUUAAGAAAAUAGAAAGAAGACCUAUGGCUUGGCCCUGCCAGCUCACUAUUGGUUCUAAUUUGUCUAUAAGGAUUGUGGCCUACAAAUCAGUCACAGAAGAGAAGGUGAAAAAAAUUUGGACAGUUGUGGAUGCUAAAACCCACAGAAAAGAUGAUGUGCAAAGAGAAACAGUUUACUGCUUGAAUGAUGAUGAUGAGACAGAGGUUCAGAAAGAUGAUACUAUUCAAGGGUUUCGCUAUGGGAGCGAUAUAAUUCCUUUUUCCAAGGAAGAUGAAGAGCAAAUGAAAUACAAAACAGAAGCAAAAUGUUUUUCUGUUUUGGGAUUCACCAGAUCCUCUCAGAUCCAGAGGCAUUACUACAUGGGCAACCAGGUCCUGAAGGUCUUUGCAGCAAAAGAUGAUGAGAAUGCAGCAGUUGCUUUUUCUGCCCUUAUUCAUGCACUGCAUGAGUUGAAAGUUGUAGCUAUAGUGCGUUAUGCUUACGAUAGAAGAUGCAACCCGCAAGUUGGAGUUGCUUUUCCACAUAUUAAGGAUGCAUAUGAGUGUCUUAUCUACGUGCAACUACCCUUCACGGAGGACUUAAGACAGUACCUAUUUUCAUCCUUGAAAAACAACAAAAAAUGCAUUCCUACAGCGGAUCAGUUAUCUGCUGUUGACUCUUUGAUUGAUUCUAUGAACUUGGUUUAUGAAGAUGAUAAUGGAGAAACUUUUGAGGACCUGUUUAAGCCCAGCAAAAUCCCAAACCCUCAGUUUCAGAGGUUAUAUCAGUGUUUGCAGCACAAGGCUUUUCACCCCAAUGAGCCACUCCCACCAAUCGAACAGCACCUUUUAGAGAUGCUGGAGAUGCCAUGUGUGGUGAAAGAAAGGUGCCAGUCUCCUCUUGAAAAAGUAAAAGCACUUUUCCCCCUAAAGGAAGUUGGCAAGAAAAAAGAAGAUAAGACUGCUCAAGACAUCUUCAAAGACAACAGUGAAGAUGGACCCAACCCUAAGAAACCAAAAAUUGAAGAUGAGGAAGGUAGCUUUAGCAUCGUAAAGCUUGCUGAAGGCAGCGUCACUUCUGUUGGGAGUGUUAACCCAGCAGAAGAUUUCCGAAUUUUGGUGAGGCAGAAGAAUGCUGACUUCAGAGACGUGAGUCAGCAGUUGAUAAACCGCAUUGAUCAGUUCCUGGAAAAUAAAGGUUCACAGUACUACAUGAAAGGGAUCAAUUGUAUCAGCGUUUUCAGAGAGGAGGCCAUGAAGCUGUCCAGGGUGCAGUGCUUUAAUGAUUUUCUGCAGGCCCUGAAAUCAAAGGUGGAAGAUAAAGCCUUAGCUGAUUUCUGGGAGAUCAUGAUACAAGACAGAAUUUCUUUGAUCAGUAAAGAUGAAGCGGAGGAAAGUUCGGUGACUAGUGAAGAGGCUGAAAAGUUCUUGGCUCCAAAAGAAAAGAAAAAUGAACCUCUGCCUCCCACAGAUGAAGGUGGUGAUGUUGAUGAUUUGCUGGACAUGAUGUAA